UUUCCAAAUUUGUUAUCAUUAUCAUCAAAUUUUUUUCCAUUUAAAUUAGAUAUGGAAAAGAUAAUCGAAGGCGAAAGGGGAGUAGAAGAGGCAAUGGAAGUUGAUGAUAGUACUGUGAUGAAAGGGGUUAGGCACCUUUGUGAGAAUGUUGGCAUCACACGAGUCCCUAGCAAGUACAUUUUCCCCGUCUCCGACCGCCCCCAAAUCAUGUCAUCGGCGCAAAAGCCCAAGAUCAAACUUCCGGUCAUCGACAUAGGUGAAUUGCUUUCGGAGGAUCGUACAAGGGUUCUCGAGACUUUGGACCAAGCUUGCAAGGAGUAUGGCUUCUUUCAGGUGGUAAAUCAUGGCAUCGACGGCGUAGUAAUUCAAAGAAUGAUCGACUCGGGAAAGCAAUUCUUUGAGCUUCCUUUCGAGGAGAGAUCAAGGUACUUGACGACCGACACGAGUAGCCCAGUGCGAUAUGGGACCAGCUUCAGCGAGAUCAACGACGAGGUGUUUUGUUGGAGGGAUUUCCUCAAACUCACUUGCCACUCCCUCGACACAAUCCUCCCCCUUUGGCCUUCAGCUCCUAUCGGCUUCAGGGAUGAUGCCAUUCUGUAUUCGAAGAAGACUAGGACAUUGUUUUUGGUGUUGAUCGCUGCGGUGCUUGAGGCACUCGGUGUCGGAGCUGGAAACUGCGAGAGUAGUAUGAAGGAAUUUGAGGAGGGAUCACAUCUGCUGGUGCUAAACUGCUAUCCGGCAUGCCCGGAGCCAGAGCUAACGUUGGGGAUGCCAUCCCAUUCCGACUAUGGCUUCCUCACUCUGGUACUCCAGGACGAGGUCGAGGGCCUCCAGGUGCUCCAUGCCGGCGACUGGAUUACCGCCGACCCUGUCCCCGGCUCCUUCGUCGUCAACGUCGGCGACCACCUUGAGAUAUACAGCAACGGGAGGUACCAGAGCGUGCUGCAUCGGGUGGUGGCCAACGCGUCGGAGUCGCGGAUGUCGGUGGCGUCGCUGCACAGCGUGGCAUUCGACAGCAUGGUCAGCCCGGCGGCAGGGCUUGUGGACGAUGGCGACGCCGGCAAGAGGAGGCUGUACAAGGACACAGGCUUCGCAGAUUUCAUCGCCUACCUGUCAACCAGCGUGCCAAAGUCAAAGAGCUUCCUAGAGUCCAGGAGGUUGACCAUGUGACGUGGGAGAUUUCCAAGUCCACCCACGCAUGUUGUUCGAGU